AUGUUCUCCCCGCUGUUGGUAUCGCUCGCAGUGAGCGCUGCAGGAGUGCUCGCACAAUCAGCCUCAUCAGCCGCUGCCGCUGCCGCUGCCGAGGCGUCGCUUGUGGCGCAGCUCAAAACAGCUAAUGGUGCAGCUACUCGCGUCAACCUAUUGUCAGACAGCGACUUCGUCUUUGACUUUGAGAACCCUCCGCCGAAGGCUAUUACGCAAGGAGCGGGCGGUCACCUUGUCCUCGCCUCCGUCGCUGAUUUUCCCGCAGUAGUAGGCAAUGGGCUCGCCAUGGCUGUUGGCUUCCUCGAGCCGUGCGGUCUAAACACACCCCACCUGCAUCCCCGUGCUACCGAGUUGCUGUACGCAGUCAACGGCACGAUCACCACUGGCAUGAUCCAGCAGGGCGGUACACGCUUUAUCUUCAACAACGUGACUGCUGGUUCUGGCAUAGUCCUUCCUCAGGGCUCUGUUCACUUCCAGAUCAAUGACAACUGUGACCCUGUUACAUUCGUCUCUGCGCUGAACAACGAGGAUCCUGGCGCUAGUCCAGUUGCUCAGCUCUUUUUCGGAAUGCCACCCGGCGUCGUCGGCGCGUCUCUCGGCGACGUCGGUGUUCAAGAAGUCGUCCAGUUGGCCUCGAUGAUCCCCGACACCUUCGUCCUCGGCACAGACGAGUGCCUGCAGCGCUGCGGCCUCACGCGCGGCGCCCAGCCGAUGGCCCAGCAGGUGCCGCGCGUCGCGGGGAACGCGUUCCCCUCCGGCGUGAGCGCGGGCGCGGGCGCGGCCGCCUCCUCGACGUCGCAGAGCCGCAGCAUCAUGCAGACCUCCGCGGACCUCGUCGCGGCGAUCGAGAACCCCGUCGCGCCGUCGGGGGCGCGCGGCGGUACGACGCAGCCCGUGACGAUCGCGCUCAUCGUCGUCGUCAGCGUCUUGGGCGUUGGCUACCUCGUGCUCGGCGCGCUCUUCUUCAUGAACCGCGCGCGGGGUGAGCGCGGCACGGGCCGCUCGUUCAUGCGCCCCACGAUGAAGGACCGCGCGCUCGUCCCGACCGUGGAGGUCCCCACGCUCGACAAGUACGACCCGAUCGCGUCGAGGUCGUCAUAG